AUGGAUAAGAAGAAGGUGGCCGUUCCGCUGGUUUGCCACGGUCAUUCCCGUCCGGUUGUGGAUCUGUUUUACAGUCCAAUCACUCCCGAUGGUUUCUUUCUCAUCAGUGCCAGUAAGGAUUCUAGCCCCAUGCUGAGAAAUGGAGAGACUGGAGAUUGGAUUGGAACAUUUGAAGGACAUAAGGGUGCAGUAUGGAGUUGCUGCUUGGAUACUAAUGCCCUACGUGCUGCAACUGCUUCUGCAGACUUCUCUGCGAAAGUUUGGGAUGCAUUAACAGGAGAUGUUCUACACUCAUUUGAACACAAGCACAUUGUUCGAGCCUGUGCUUUCUCAGAGGAUACACACCUUUUGCUUACUGGAGGAGUAGAGAAAGUUAUCCGUAUAUAUGAUUUGAAUCGUCCAGAUGCCCCUCCAAGAGAAGUGGAUAAAUCCCCUGGUUCAGUCAGAACUGCUGCAUGGCUACACAGUGAUCAGACCAUACUAAGUUCUUGCACUGAUAUGGGAGGUGUCAGAUUAUGGGAUGUAAGAACUGGUAAAAUAGUCCAAACACUUGAGACCAAAUCAUCUGUAACCAGUUCCGAAGUGAGUCAAGAUGGUCGUUAUAUCACAACUGCUGAUGGGUCUACUGUGAAGUUUUGGGAUGCAAACUACUUUGGGUUGGUGAAGAGCUACAACAUGCCGUGCACAGUAGAAUCAGCUUCACUGGAACCAAAGUUUGGGAACAAGUUCAUUGCUGGGGGAGAAGAUAUGUGGGUUCAUGUAUUUGAUUUCCAUACUGGUGAUGAGAUCGCAUGCAACAAGGGUCACCAUGGUCCUGUUCACUGUUUGCGUUUCUCGCCAGGAGGAGAAUCAUAUGCCUCAGGAUCCGAAGAUGGUACCAUUAGAAUAUGGCAGACUGGCCCCUUGACUCAAGACGAAACCGAGGCACUGGCAGCAAAUGGAAAGGUGAAGGUACCUGCAGAAGAGGUUUCUCGAAAGAUCGAGGGCUUCCACAUUGCAGAAGAGGGGAAAUCGAAAGAGAAGGAAGAGGCAGGGAAUGAGUGA